AUGCAAUACGUGGGAAAAGUCGGUGGCUACGUUUACAAUCAAUGGAACUCUUUGAAUCCAGCUACACUAUCAGGGGCUAUUGAUGUCAUUGUCAUUGAACAUCCUGAUGGCACUCGUUACACGUCACCAUGGCACGUUCGGUUUGGGCUACUUCAAAUUAUCAAGCCAUCACAAAAGAAAAUCGAUUUGUAUGUGAACGAUGUCAAGACCAACUUGCCGAUGAAGCUAGGUGAAGGUGGUGAGGCUCAUUUUGUUUUUGAAGUGAAUGACACUGAUCAUGAAUUGUCAAAUAGUGUCUUGACAUCUCCAGUGAUUUCUCCAGUAUCCUCACCAUUGAGUACGCCGGCCAAUAGUGAUAAUGAACCCGAUGAGCUUGACUUGGAUGAAAAAGUAAAGUUGAGUGACAGUCCUAGCCCAAGAAGCCCCUCACAACUGAAACGAUUGGCAAUUGAGAAUGUCAAGAAAAUCACCCAAAAAUUGAAUAUUCCAACGAAAAUAGACAUGAAUGGGGAUAUCCUAAUUGACAUGGAUGGGUAUAAACCAAACUCGCAGAAAAAUAUUGACAAUUCUGACGAAUUGUUCAAGAAAAUUCUUGUGGAGGAAAUUGAAGGCGAUUUGGGCGAAAAUUCAGUGAAAGCAUGGAAUCAGAUUAUCACAAAAGAUGAGAAUGGAAACAUAAGGAUAUCCAAUGUUUCAGAAGACGGAGCUGAAUCUGAUGAGGAGAUCAAACUUCCACCAACAACAAAUACUUCUUCAUCUAUUACAACUGUGGGUACCUCAACAUCAGGAGAAAGUGACAAAGUUUACUUCAAAACUUUAAGAUUAACAUCUGAGCAAUUACAAAUGAUGAAUUUAAAUUAUGGAGUGAAUACGCUUAAAUUCAAGUCUCGUGAAAGCUCGUCACAAGUGACUGCGAAUUUGUUCUUGUGGAAGUCGACCACUCCUAUCGUCAUUUCGGAUAUCGACGGAACCAUCACCAAAUCCGACGCUUUGGGACAUGUAUUGAAUUUGAUUGGUAGAGAUUGGACGCAUCCCGGUGUGGCUAGUUUGUUCCAAGAGAUAAACCAAAAUGGGUACAAUAUUCUUUAUUUAACAGCUCGGUCCGUUGGCCAAGCUGAUUCAACAAGGCAAUACUUGACAGGAGUGAACCAAGAUGGUGUCAAGUUGCCCAGUGGACCGGUUAUUUUGAGUCCAGAUCGAACGUUUGCCGCUUUGCGACGAGAGGUUGUGUUAAAGAAACCAGAGGUGUUCAAAAUGGCUUGUCUAUCUGACAUUAUGCAUUUAUUUUUUGAAGGGGAGGCGACAGUAUUGGACGAGGAUGACGACCAAACUCCAUUUUACGCUGGGUUUGGUAACAGAAUCACAGAUGCGAUUAGUUACCGAUCAGUACACAUUCCAAGUCAUCGAAUCUUUACCAUCAAUCCAGAUGGAGAAGUUCAUAUGGAGUUGUUGGAGUUGGCUGGUUAUAAAUCGUCGUACUUGCAUAUAGGUGAAUUGGUUGACCAGUUUUUUCCUCCAAUCAGAGUGGUUAGUUCGAUUUCAACAAACUGGAACAAUGCGCAAUGGUCAGAAUAUGUAAACAACCAUGAAACAAAUGAUGCAUCAGAUGCAAGAUCUUUCACGUCAAUACGUCUGCCUACACCGGGAUCACCAAGGUCUCCUGGAUCGCCACGCAACUUUGUUGAAGAUUACAAAACCGAUGAAAAGUUUAACGAUGUUAAUUAUUGGAGGAGCACGUUAAAUUUUGAUGAUUUGAGUGAUAGUGAUAUUGAAAAAGAUGAUUUGGAUUUGAAAAAGAGUGCCUCCCCCAAAUUGAGUAAGCACGAAAAGUUGCUGCAUCAUGAACAUGAAAAAGAGGCACAUACAGAUAACCCUGAGCUUUUGCAAAAGAGCAAAAGGUCAAGAUCCCCUACUUUGGAGAGACCACUUUCAGCAUCAUCGUUUACUUCACCACUAAAGAACUUUAUGAGUUUCAGAAAGAAGAAGGACGAUGAGGAGAGUUACAAAGAUGGUGAAAAAGUUGAUGAGGAUGACUUUACUGAUGAUGAUGGUGAAGAGGAUGACGAAGGUGACGACGAUUACACAGAUGACGAUUAUGACGAUGAUGACUACGAUGAUGAAGAUUACGAUGAUGAGGGGGAGGAAGACGAUGACGAUGAUGAAGAUGACGAUGAUGAAGAUGACGAUGAUGAAGAUGACGUUGAUGGUGAUGAGACAAGUCAGAGCUCCAUCAAAGAUGUCCCAGUGCCCGAGGCCAUUAGAGACGAAAUCAUUGACAGAGGAUCUACCGAAUUCAUCAAAGCUAGUGAUUUCGAGAAAUUGCAAAUUUAG